GAUUGCGUAUACGCCGUGUCUGCUCGCGACUCGUCUCGUCUCAUCUUGUCUCGUCUGUUUGUUGUCAUUCGUUGUUUACAUAUUACGUUUGUUGCUCGUGCCACGUUUCUGUCACUUCGCCUCGUGUCACGUCUAAUCGAUUGAUCGAUUUAUUUAUUUAUCCGAUCGCUGAUGUACCUGUACCUCUACCCCAACAACGGCGCAUUGUGGGCGGCCAGCGCAUUGUUUGCCCUUGGCCUCGCCAUCAGCUGUUGCUGCACAGCAACUGCUGAGACAGCCCUCGCUGAGUCCAGUCCCACCUGCGAGAUACCCAACGAGACAAAACGCGGCAUCUGCGUGCCGGUGAGCCAAUGUGCCGCCUAUCUGCAGGUGCGCAAUGUGACCAAUCUCAGCUCCGAGCGGGUGAACUUCCUCAAGAAGGUGCAGUGUGAUGUGGAGGCGACAAAGGAUGCGGACAAUCCCAACGUCGACUACAAACCGCUUGUUUGCUGUCCGGCCAAUGGCCAGGAUUAUCUCUAUCCGGUCAUACAGUUCUCCAAGUUUGAGUAUCGUCGUUUUCUGGACGUCACCGCGAGGUUCAAGCGCAAAAAACUCAAACGACGCAUUCAAACCGUUGAACCGAGCACGGGUUUCAAUUUGUUGAACGAAUGUGGCAAGCAGGUGACAAAUCGCAUAUAUGGCGGCGAAAUCGCUGAGCUGGACGAAUAUCCCUGGCUAGCACUGUUGGUCUAUCAUUCAAACAACUAUGGCUGCAGUGGAGCUUUGAUUGAUGAUCGUCAUAUUUUGACCGCUGCUCACUGUGUCCAGGGCGAGGGUGUAAGAGAGCGACGUGGACUUAAACAUGUGCGUUUGGGCGAGUUCAAUGUGAAGACGGAGCCGGAUUGCAUUGAAGAGCCCAAUUAUUUGAGCUGUGCAGACGCCGCACUGGAUAUUGCCUUUGAGCACAUACAUGUGCAUCCGGAGUACAAGGAGUAUUCCAAUUAUAAGUACAAUGAUAUUGCUAUAAUUCGACUGAAGCAUCCGGUUUCAUUCACGCACUUCAUCAUGCCCAUUUGCCUGCCAAGCAAAAGCGCCCAAACGCCGCUGGUCGAGGGCCAAAUGUUCUCAGUCUCCGGCUGGGGACGCACCGAUCUCUUCAACAAGUACUUUAUUAGCACACACAGCCCCAUCAAGCUGAAGCUGCGCAUUCCCUACGUUUCCAAUGAGAAUUGCAGCAAGAUUCUCGAUCUCUAUGGAGUUCGUUUGGGUCCCAAACAGCUCUGUGCCGGUGGCGAGAAGUCCAAGGAUACGUGUGCCGGCGAUAGUGGAGGUCCUCUCAUGUACUUUGAUCGCCCGCAUUCCCGCUGGGUAGCCUAUGGAAUCGUUAGCUACGGCUUCACCCAAUGCGGUUCCGGACCCGGAGUUUAUACGUCCGUCUUGAGCUACAUUAGCUGGAUUGAGAGCAUCAUUAAGCCACAGAGCUGAGAAGGCGGAAUGUGGCACGUCAGAUUGACGUCAGAUUUGUGAAGCUUUUAUACUGUUAUUUAAAGAUCGAAUACCAAGAAGGAAGCAUGGC